AUGCCUUUAAAAGAACAAGUAGAAGAAUAUAAUGACAGUAGAUUGAAAGACUUAUCACACUCUACUAAACUAUAUGAAUUUGAUGCAGAGAAUUCAAUAGUAGAGUCAACAACACUGAUUCCUGGUGUAGUAUCACAUGAAGUCCCAGAGUCACUCAUACCUUCCAAUAAUAGAGAUUGUGCUGGCUUAUCACGUAAAGUGAAGUUAGCCAUAGCAGCACAGGUUAUGUUACGAUGUCUGGUGAGCCGUGUCACAAUUGAUGAUUCAUCAGAACAAGAAGCUGUCCCAAUAGAACCAGUCAUGGCCAAGUUCUAUGGCAAGCAAGGAGUAACAUUACAGCAUACACAGUUACCAUUACUACCUUGCUGGGCAGCUACUAUACAUGAAGUUCUGGGUCUAUCUCUUGAUGCUGCAGUAAUCGAUUUAGGCCCUAAAAUGUUUGAAGAUGGAAUGGCAUAUGUUGCCUUAAGUAGAGUAAGAACACUCCAAGGAGUUGCUCUACUAGGACUAGUCGAAAAGAAAAUCACAUCAUCAACAGUAGCAAAUGAUGAAAUGGAUAGACUAAGGAACCAUAGAUUAUAA